AUGUUUAUCCUUUUCAGCAUCUCUCUCUUCUUCAUCGUCACUGCGACCGCCUUGUUCUUCACACGAUCCUACUGGUUACGCUACCUGCCCGACGUCAGCACCCACCUGCCCUCAGCCGACUACCUAUACUCGCGGCUGCCCUCGACCUUUGCGGGCGACAUCGAGGCCGGUCUGUCGAGCAGUACCUUUGAUCUCAGCGGCAAUGUGGAUGCAGGCGACAGUCGCGCUGGCUUGGACGAUACCAGCAAGGCGGAGGUUCUCAAGAUUAUGAAGAAGCGCCGGCUGAACUUUGACAAGGCCAGAAAGGUAUACAUGGAAAGUCGCUUCAAGGCCAACGGCAUCGGUCCCGACGGGCUACCGAGAGACCCAAAGUUUGUCAGUUUCUCUUGA